CCUCUCCCAAUUUCUCGUUGAUCCUCCCGUCUCCGUUGCCUGUACCGUCACCGAUCGCACUCACCUUCCGUUUCUGCUACAUGUCUGCCCUCGAUGAUCAACCAGUACUCGCUAAACUCCCCAAUUGGGUACUCCAAGAAUCCAUAUAACCCCACACAAAGCCCCCAAAGUACUUCCUCCAGUGCUUUGGCCGAGGUUCCCAGAGGAUCUAGCCCACAUUUCGCCAUUCCCCGGUUUUCAGCUCCAGAUAGCCCUCUCAACACGUCGGAGUCGUACUAUUCACAUCACUCAACCCCUCAAGACUAUAAUGACCGAGCUACCAACUUCCAGGAUCUCCCAUUUGAGGUGCGCAGCCGCGUGGCUGCUGAGCUCUCACAGUACGACUGUGUUCGCCUUCUAACGGUAUCAAAAACUGUUUAUUCAUCGACCAUUGCCCGGUUGUACGAGCACAUCAUUAUCGACCAGCAAUUCGAUCGGUUCAAUAACGAGAAGGAAUACGGCUAUAAGAAAAUAACCAUGCAGGAUGGCCAACCAGUGGCCUCCUCUUGCACGUACAUCAACUCAGCCUUCGCUUUCAAGCGGUUCUUGCAGAGUACCAACGCCCACACCACUUCUCUCAUCCGACGGUUCGAUUGCGUGGACCUCCCAGACUCGUUGAACCUCUACGACCAUCAACUUCAUGACCAAUUGCUCCGUCUCUUCGAGCACAUGUGCCUGUUGAGCCAGUUGGUGUGGCUGAACGACAACUUCCGGCUCGAAUACCUCCACCAGUUGCCGCACAAGCAUCUCGUAUCCACCCUCGUGUUGAACAUCAAGUUUUCCAACUACUUGAGCGAACUCGAGCCGCUUCCUUAUCACGAGGAUUGCAAAGGCUUGGUGUUCCCCAACUUGGUCAACUUUCAGAUCCAGCCGUUUCAAAACUCCAGCAAGCUCGUGAGAAUAGUCAAUAAUUUAUUGGUCAAUAAUAACCCCAACGUCAGUGACAAUCUCGACACUUUGGUCCUCUCCAGGUACCAGCGGCGGGACUCAACCUCCACCAUGACGCUGCCCAAUUGCGACGAGCUCAUGGCCCCAGGGAGGUCGCUGGGUCCAAAGGACGAGAACAUCACUGUCUUGUUCAAAGGCUCCAGGUUACGCUACCUCUCUAAUUUAACCUGCUUGUCGUUGGACAACUUGUCUGUCUCGCCAAGGGAGGCACGUACCUUCAUUGAGUCCGUGAAUCUAGCGGGGUUGGACACGUUAGUAUUGCGAGGCAUUCUGGAAUACCUGGUAGGAAACGAUCGCUGCCAGCCGUUUUUACUUGAAAUUGCCCAACACCUCACCAGCCUCAAACAUCUUUCGCUAGACCAUCGACAGGCUCUCGUGGAUAGCGUGCCUGAGUUUUUGCUGUGUCUUCCAGCGAGAAAACUCGAGUCAUUGGACUUGGUUAUCAGGAAUAACCCCACCAAGGACUACUUGGACCACGGCGACCGAGAACGUGAAUACUACGACGAUUACGCCCGUGCAAUCGGUUUGUUCAGAAAUACGCUCACCAGGCUCUCGUUUGAGGUCAGAGAAGAGGUACACGGCUAUAACGAUACCAACAACCUAAACAUCUUGCAGUGUGUGCCAGCUCAUACUUCCUUCUACACCCAGCUCCAGCAAUUGACACACUUGAGGUGUCUACGGGUGAGUCCCGGCGAGCAAGUCGAGGAGGUGGCGCUUUUGGUACAGCGACUUCCACUGUUGGUGAUGUUGGAUAUUUUCGGAAACAAGGCUGGAGGUGCGCCAAACUUAGGUUUGGGGAUGGUCCACCCGACCAUCUACGACGAGUGGUUCAAGGUCCAGCAUGUGGCGUUAUUGUACUUGCAGUACAACCCAAAGUUGGAGUACAUCCGCAUCAAUCAAUGCAUUUUUGAGUGCAACGGACCGAAUAUUGAGCCGAGAAAUGGCAUUUCUCGGUGGUUUGAUGGAAAAAUCAGGCUCAGCAGGAGCGAGCUCGCAUAGAGUGGUGUAUUGCACUUAAUGUAUUAAUUGUUGAAAUAACGCAGGCAGUUUUCCAGGGAACUAAGGUGCCAUGUGGUUCUUGCUUGAAUUGCUUGUACGUAGGGUACCAAUGACAGCGUAAUGGGGGUUUUGGAAGCAACACUUGCAUUUGAAAACAAUCACCAUGGAUAACUACUUUCAUACAGUUUAUAGUGGCUGCGAAAUAAUCAUAAAAAUGCUGAAAA